CCUUCCUGCUGGACCGCGCCCGGAGCGCUUCAGCCAGAGCGGCAGUUGAGCUUUGCGGAGCGGAGCGCAGCGCACGCACUGGCUCGGGGAACGUGGCUGAUGCUCCCACCUCUGCAGCCUACAGAAUCUCUGCUGGGGUUGAGACACACUAUCCCCUUCCAGGCCUACAAGAGAAGCUUCAUGUGGUGCUGAAGGGUGCCCUCCUGAGAAAAGCACGAACCAGGGAGGAGAUCCUGAAGUGGAGGGGCACAUCCUUCUGCUACCCCCUCCCCCAAGAUGACAGCACAAUUCAUUGCAAUGGAGAAGACCAUUGAGGCCUCUGAGCUGCUGGAGAUGGUAGUGGAGACUGAGGCUGGAGCUGGGGCCCGGGGGCUGAGCGUGGCCGGUGGAGGGAAGGAAGGCCUUUUUGUGAAGGAUGUCCUCAAGGACUCUCCAGCUGCGCGAGUGCUGAGUCUCCAGGAAGGGGAUCAGCUCCUGAGUGCCAGAGUUUACUUUGACAACAUCAAGUAUGAAGACGCCCUGCAGAUCCUCAAGUGUGCCGAACCGUACAAAAUCUCCUUCUGCCUGAAGCGGGUGGUUCCCAGCGCAGACGUCUCUCGCAAGCCCGGAGCCACAGUCUUUGAAGUGAGAGGCCCCAAAGCCAAGAUGGCCAAGCUGAACAUCCAGGGUCUCUCCUCUCUGAAAAGGAAAAAGAAGAAGAAGAAGAAGAAGAGGAUGGUGGCACAGAGCCUGCAGGAGACGGAGGCACACCUGGCAGCCGGGAAGCCCGAGGUGGCCCCGGUUGAUGUGGAGUUCUCCUUCCCCAAGUUCUCCAAGCUGCGCAAGGCCAGGAGUGCUGGAGAGGUGGCCGUAGCUGAACCGAGCCCAGGCGUUUCGCGGAAGUUAUCCUCCCUGGAGACAAAGCGACACCGACUGAAGUUCCCCCACCUCAAGGUCAAGGAAGCAGUUGCGGUUGAGGCCCGCCUUGCCAUGGGCCUGCCCCAUGCUGGUCUGGAAUUGAAGGAGGCAGGCAGGGGAGGAGGCGAGGGGAAGAUGUUCCGAUUCACUAUGCCUUUUUCCAAAACAAAGAAGCCCAAGGAAGAAGCCAGGACAAAAAUGGAAAUGGGAUUCCAAGCCCCGCAAGUAGAGUUUGCUCUGCCUAAGAUGGGGGCUGAGGAUGAGUCUCUCGAGGCCAGCCCCAAAGGUGAGAGCCUCGCGGUCUCAGAAUCUCUUUUCGGGUGGCCCAAAGUGGAGGCUGCCCUGCCCAAAGGAAGCGCCGGUGCGCUGGAGACUCACCCAGGUCUUCUCCAGGCUGGGCUGAAGCUCCCUGCAGCUGAAGUGGCAGCUCCCAAGGUGGACGUAGAUUUGGCCCUGCCCAGGUUGGAGUGUACCCCAGAGGCUGCCCCUAAAAGGGAGGGGUUCAGAAUCAAAGUCCCCAAGUUUGGGAUCUCUGACGAGGAAGCAGAACUGAAGCUGCCCUUGAUGAAGGCUCCUGCCCUGGGAGAAAGUCAAAAAAAUGUUUUGGAGGACCAGCUGAGACCAGGAGGGACAGUGCCUUCUCUGGGCAUAGUAGCUCCUGGUGUGGAUCUAGAGCUUCCCAAGGGGAAGACGGGCAUGGACAGCCCUGAAAUCUUGGGCAGAGUCUCCUUGGUCAGCCUACCCCAGCUGGGCUCCAAAGCCCAAGAAGGAGGAGCAGGCAAACUGCCCCGGGUGGAAGUCAGCCUGGGGACUCCGAGGAGCUCCAAGGCAGACAAGACAAAGGGCUCCGUAAUUCAGCUGCCUGGCCUGGAGAUUUCCCUGAGGGAGCAGCCUUUGGAGAGCCAAGAGGCAGCUGGAGCGGCAGGUGGUACUCAGGUGAAGCUCCCUGAGGUGAGGGUGCCCUCUCUUGACAUCUCUGCCCCCAAAGUCCAGGAUAUGCAUCUUUGCAAGGCCAUGGGGGAACUGGCUGCCCCUUCUGGAAGGGCAAAACCCAAAGAGGCUGCUGAAGGGGCUGGAUUUAACCUUCAAAUGCCUCAAAUAUCCCUCCCAAAAUUUGAUUUCCCUGUCAAGGCAGUCCCCUCCCUGCCUCCAGUCCAGGUCAAAAUGCUGAAACCAGAAGGAGACCCCGGAACAAAGGUCAGCCUCCCAAAGGUGGAUGUUUCCUUGCUGGCAAUGAAGGUGCCAGGUGUGCAACUUCCUAAGGUGCCAAAGCCUGAGCUGGGCAUCUUUGUUGAGAAGCCAGAAGUUGAGAUAACCGCUCCUCCAGCCCCAUUGAGCCUUCCAUCUGCCACUGUGCCUGCGCUGGACAUUCAGCUGCCGAAACUUGGGGUAGAGCUGGAUUUGGCGAAGCGUGAAAGAGACGUUUCUAAGCAGGGACCUAAAGCCCAGGAGGUCACCCUAGAGACCCUGAGCAAAGACCUAGAGGUAGAAAUCAGUCUCCCGAAGUGUGAGGUCGGCCAACCUGAGCUGGAGCCAGUGAUGAGGAGCAUCGAAGGGCCGGCUCUUGCUGGGAUGAUAGCCAAAUUCCCGAAGGUGGACCUUGCCUUUGAGAAACAGCCAUCAGACGCUGAAGGGCCAAAGACUGACCUAGAAGAAGCCAAGAUGAAGCUGCCAAAUGUAGAGAUCCCACCAAUAAGUCUCCCAGAGUUGACUACUGAGAGUCAGGUCAAGGCAAAAAUAUCUCGAUUUGCACUGUCCAAAUUCAGCAUUUCAGGCCCCAAAGUCUGGAGCAAAAUGAGCCCAGAAGUUUUGGUGUCUGGAGUGGAGGGCAGAGAAGCUGCUGACUUGGGUACAAAGCUGAAAUUGCCAAAGUUUGGGAUCUCUUUCCCCAAAUCAAAAUGGGAAGCAGAGGCAGAAGAUGACAAAUUAGCCCUUGAGGGUGAAGGGGAAGUGCCCAAGGAAAGGCUUGGCAAAACUACAGAGAGCAGAAUGAAGUUGCCCACAGUGGAGGUGGAUAUUGGCCGCCCACAAGGCAUGGAAGGAUGGUCUGACGGAGACAGGGAGGGAACCUCUCCUGAACUCCUCGGUGUCCAGUUUAAAGGGCCAAAACUCUCACUACCGAGCUUUGGGGGCAAAGGCAAGGAGGAAGAGUGGGGUGCCCUAGAGAGUGAGGGGGUAAAGCUACAAGGCAACAAGGGGGGCUUGACAGGGCAGCCGGAGGCCAGGAUGUUGGAGAAGGACGCCAAGGCUUCCAAGUUCAGGAUAGCUUCUUUUGGCCUCAUGAGGAGAGAAGUGGAGGCCAAAGCCAAGAAGGUCCCUGGGAGUCCGAAGGAGAAGCCAAAAGGCCCAUUUGGGAAGAUGCCCCAGCUGAAGCUUUCCUCUCUGAAGGCCCAAGGAGAGAGAAGGAAGGUCCACCUUCUAGCUCCAGAACUAGAUGAGAAAGUCCUCCCCCAGGUAGAGUUGCCUAAGCUUGCCCCCAGAGCCAAAACAGGGCUGAUCCCAGAGCCGGAGAGCCCUGGGUUCAGGGUUCAGGUGCCAUCCGUGGAGAUUGCUGUGCCUAGUUCCAAAGCUGAAGGGGAGGUGACUGUGGAGAAACUGGCAGGAGAUGCAGCCAAGGUGGAGUUCCAGCAGCAGGAGGGAGAGCUCAAGAGGCCCAGAGCGCCUCCCAUCCAGGUGUCUGCUCCCACACUAGAGCUGGACAUUGGUUUUCCCAUGGCUGGUAAAGAAGAGGGCAUUCUCCAGGCAGCCCCUGGCACAGGUGCCAAGAUCAAGCUGCCAAAGGUGGAGCUGGAAAAACUUGGGAAGGGUGAGGAGGAAGAAGCAGAGGCAACUGUGCAGUUCCUGGGGAAGGAAGGAGAGAAAGACCUAGAAGGGGUGGCUGAAGCCUGUGCCCUGGGCACCAAGGUACGGCUGCCCAAGGUGGACAUUUCAUUUCCCAAGACCUGGCUGUCAGAGGGGGAAUUGCCUUCAGCCAAGGUGGAUCUUGGCCUGGAAGAGUCAGAGGCAAAAUUCAAGAUGCCCUCAAUGGGGCUGCCGAAACUCAGCACCCCAAAAGUGAAGGCUCCUGAGCUGGAGCUUGAUAUGGGUUUGGAUAGGGGAGGGAUGAUAUCCAAGGUCACAGUAGGCACUCCUUCAGUGAAGUGGCCUAAAUUUGGGGCCUUGGGUUCAGCAGGAGAUGGGCAGGGUGAGGAGGAUUUGCCCAGGGUCCCCCAACUGGAGUUGAAGCCUCCCAAAUUCAGAGGAAGCACAGAUGCCUUGGACUCUGAAAUGGGGGCAAAAGAGGGCUGGCUAAAGGUGCCCACUCUGCUGGAAACAGAAGCUGGGAUGGGCACCAAGGAGAGCAGAUUCAGGCUGAAGCUCCCGUCAUUCAGCGUCUCCAAGCCAGAGGCUGAGUUGAGCCUGGAUACCCAGCCCCUCUGUCUUCCUGUCGAGGAGGCAGCGCCUGCCUUCAGGAUGCCCCAGAUUGCUUUGCCCGAUGUUGGCUUCUCUGGGGAUCAGGAGAAGGGAGAGGAGGCCAAGGAGGCAGGGGCAACAGACUUGGACGGAGGGCUGGAGGGCAUGCUAAAGAUGCCCAAAAUCGGUAUCACUGCAUGUGGGACAGUAGACACCAAGUGGGGCGCAGACAACACCAUUUGUCCAAGCCAGAGGGGUGUGGGUGGGGGAGAGCCAGAGGGGAAGAAAUCGGUUUUUAAGGUCCCUGGCUUGGAAAUUUCUGCUCCAAGUCUCAAAACUCAUGCUGAAUAUGAGGUGGGGGCCCCCCACCCGUGGCAGAGGGAAUUCUUGGAUCUGGAAGGCACAGGCAGGGAGGGCUGGAAGCAGACAGAUGGCCACUCAGAUGCAGGGAAGCGGCACAGGGUGAAGAUCCCCACAUUUGGCCUCUUCCUGCCCAGGGUGGGGCUGGAGGCUCCCAUGGGCCUUGUGGGGCAGGAGGCAGAAGCCAAGGGGGGCUUCUUGACCCUGGGAAGGGCCAAGGAGAAGGAAGGGUCUGCUGGGCUCCUGGCGAGAGAAGAGGAGAGCCAGGUUAAGGCCGCCAAACUCAAGCUGAGGCCCCCCUUUGGGGUCUCCCUCUCCAGGCCCAAGUGGGCCACCGAACUCAAUGGGGAAGCCGAGGAGGAGGCUUCCUCCAGGCUGAAGGUGCCCAAGCUGGGCUUUUCCAAGGCCGAGGGAGCUGCCCAGCUCCAGGGAGAGAGGGUGGAGGUGCUGCUCCAGGAUGGGGCGAGCAAGUUGGGGAAGAUCCCACUGCCCCAGGUGGAACUCCUGUCUCCCUCUAAGGGGGCUGAGACUGACCCAGAGCUGAGCCUCAAACUGGUUAAGGCAGACGAGGCCAAGGAGGAAGCCCACUGCGGUGCCACCAUUGCCACAGCCCUCAAGGCUGCCAAAUUCAAGCCCCCCAGGAUCGCACUCUCUGGCUUCAAGAAGCGCAACGGGGAGUUGGCCCCCGAGGCUGUAACUGCACCCAGGUCCCAGGCGGGGGGGACAUCUUUGAAAACAACCACUAAAGGGGAGUCAUCCAGCAAGUUCAGGUUUCCAAAACUGGCAUUAAGCUCCAGAUCCCAAGAGGUGCUGGAGAUCUCCGAGCAUCAGCAGGACCAGGAGGGGGGCAACUUCAGGCUGCCUGCUGUGGCUUUCUCUGCAGAGAGUGGCCCCGAGGAGGGAGGGCCCCCUCCCAGGAAGCCCAUGGAAAAGGAGGCUCUCUGAAUGAAGGUGCUCCCCAGCCUGGCUCACACCAUGUAAGGCCCAGCACUAACUGCGAGGGGGAGGAGGGGAAGACAUGCCUUGGCAGGGGGAGGGGCGGCUGGCAGGCACAGGUGUAGAGCCGCCUCUCUGAUGGGCUUCCCUUUUUAACUGCCCCUCCACCACGGCCCUCCUCCUUUGCUCCGGGGCUGUGCCUUAAAAGAGGAAGCCAGCCCAGAAAGGGAUGCAGACCUGGUAAGCCCAUUGGGCACUGCCCCCUGCCUCCCGGGCACAAAAAAGACUUACCUGCCUUUUUCCAUUAGAAGACAUCCCCACUCCCAGCUCCUUUGAUAACACUAAUUCUGUAGCUUUAGAAUUGGGAGGGGGGUUGGAAGAAGCUUUGAGUGGGGAAGCAGCUGGGGCUGUUCCAUGGUGUUCGCAAAAGGGUCUAGCACUCAGGGGCAGGGCAUGCCUCACACUGAUGCUGCCCCUCAUCUGGAGAGCUGGUGGGAGACAUGCCUGCGGGAGGAGGAUGCUGAGCCUCUGGGGACAAAAGGGCCGCCCAGGGGAGGCUGCUUCCACUGCUUUCACUUCAGAACCCCCUCCCCUCCCGUGGUCUUCUUCUCCCAAGGUAUAACCUGGGAAUAGCCCACCUGUGGCACCAAGGGAGGCACUGGCCUAGGGAAAUUGGGAGAGUUAAGGGCAGUUUAGGGGGCCUCUCCCUCUUCUCAGAUGGGGCAAAAUUAUUCAAUGUGCUCAAUGUACAGAAAUCUUUUAUUCUAAGUUUAACCAACGUGGCCUUCUGAAGUGGCCUUUUUUUUUAAAAAAACUAAAAGAUCUGAUAACUGCUUCUUUCCCAAAAUUAUAAACUGACCUUUUCUAAAACAUGUAAAAGAAGAUACACUAUCUCAGAUAGCCCAUUCUACAGCUGCUGCUUGUUUUCUACCCUGGGUUUGAAUAAAAAUUAAUCUGUGAACCAAUUCCA